CUACUAUUCACGACGCAGCUGCAAGACGCGGUGCUCGCAAAUCGAAGAAAGUUUUAGCCCCAAGAAAUAUUUCAGGAAUCAACUACUUUCCGAUCUGUACUGUUGAAGAGACGUAAUACCAUGUUAGCUACAGAAUCUCUAGUGCCUCCAAGGCCUAGGCGGAAUCGGCAUGAGUCGUCGAAGGUGUUUGACGCUGAACGUAAACUGGACUUGUCUGAAGUUUUGGACGUGCUGCAAACGUACGUGGACUACGAUGGAGGUAUCAACUGUAGUUUGUGUGGCAAAUUAUAUAAAAGCAAGGUGUGCUUCAUCAAACAUCUCUGGGAGCAUUCUGUGUACUGGGAUCUUUUUGCUGGUGACAAGAACCACAUGAGAGUGCUGUCUAUCCAAGCAGCCCUCAUUCUGUAUGGAGCUUGCCAGCAACGCAGUGCCCACCCACUUCUUGUUGAAAGUUUGUUAGUCAGUAGUCCUCAUGUUGAUAAUGGUAAAGAAAUGCAAGGUUCUGCAGGUGCUCCAGUGAGGCAUGAUACAUCUAUUGCACAGAAUAUUGACAAUUCUGAGGUGAGCGUGUUAAAGGAAGUGCAUUUAAGUACUCCGUCUACUCCUAGAUCCAAUUCAAAUAUGACACAGAUGGUCGUACCACACACUCCAUCCAAAAGUAGACGAAAACGGAGAUUCAGCGAGUCUGACAACCAGACAUCAGGUCCUGAAACUCUGCAAAGCUAUUUUGUCCCUAGACCCGGUCUGACAGCAGAUGAUUUGUAUUGGAAAGAGUCGGACACUUUGCCAUUUAAGCGUAAAAGAUCAGAAUGAGGAACUUUUGGAUGUUAAAAAAUUUUUUUAAUGAGAUUAUAUCUACACAACUGUUACUGUAAAGAGAAAUUGGCUUAUAUGUGAGGGUGGUUUUGCUUGUUGACCGAAUGUUAAUAAGUCUUAGUGUUAAAAACUAAGCAUUGAAUAUGAACUGUGAUGAUUGUUACAGAUGGAUGUGUUAUUUUAUUCUGUGAUGUAAAGAGGAAACUAUAACAAGUGAGAUUUGUUUUUAGGAAAAAAAUAUGUGAAACGCAUGGGCAUAAAUAGUAAUGGACAAAUCCUAACUUUUGUGAGAAAGAACUGCUAUUUCCGUGCAUUUAGCUGUGGACCCAAAUAUGCAAGUGGACAGACUUGCAAAUCUCGAUACAGUAUAUAAUAUUCUGUAUAUAUGAUUAAACUUGUUUAUUUGUGUGUUUAAAUGUCCAUUUUUAUUGUUAAUGCAAUUUUAGGUAAAGUCGUUAUGUUGAAACCAUUCAAAUACAGAGGUGUGGUGGAGGAAGAGUAAGGAGAGAAAUGAACUUUGGUUUAAAAUAGACUUAAGCAUGCAUUUAUUUGUAAUAUUUGCCAGAGAGUCACUAUCAUUUAUUUUAUUCUGUACAAAUCUAGAAAUUAUUCUCUUAUUCAGCCUGUAGAUGUUAAAACAACUUUUUUGGAAGGAUUUUGAACAUAUGUUGUCACUGUUUACAUUAUAUAGCAUAGAGAACAAGGUCCAGAUGCUAAGAGGGUAAGAAUACAGUGAAUUUACAUAGCACCAUAUUCCGGUCCUGUGGACAGGCUCAUGGCACUUUGCCAAAAAAAAUUUAUAUUUUUUUUUAUGCAUAUGCAUCCUGUUCAUGACUUUUCUUGGUAAUAUUUCAAGUUUUCAAUUCUAAUAUGUUAGAGUUUAAACUUUUUUUUUUACUUGAAUAAUGUAAAUCUUUAAUUCUUAGUUUCAAUUUCUUUAAAUUAAUAAAUUUGUAUUAGUUUGAUCAAAAAAUCAGGUUGUAUAUAUUAUGUUCAUGUUCAAAGUAGCAAAAGGGAGGUAAUCAAAUCAUUUGUUAACACAGUCUUGUGAUGCAUGAGAUUUGCAUAAAGUUGUAAGGAUUUGUUGAAAUGUAAUUGCAAUGGUCUUUGAUUAGAUAUGUGUUAUACCAAUGUGAGGAGUGGUCUGAUAAUUGCAUUGUCUCAGUAUUACUGUCUGUAUGUUUAGAUUUAAAGUGCAUUUUUCAUACUUUUACAAUGGAAAAAUAAAGGAUGAAGCUUGUCUGCAUCAUGGAUCCUUGCAGACAAGUUAAUUUUUAAUAUUGGUAGAGUUUACAUUUAAGGUUUUAAUGUGUAUGAUGAUUUUUAAAUUUGUGACCUGCAUAUUUCCUGAUAAUAUAUGUUCCUUGGUAGUUGGGAAACACUGCUGAUAUGCCACACUGUUUAUUAUUUUUGCCUGACUCAGCUGGCCAAGGGUUGAGUAAAUUUUUAUCUGUACCUCAGACUUCUUCAAGUAGAAAGCAGCCUUGUUGCAAUAAUGGAAAAGGUAUGCUGUGGCAAUGUAUUGUAAGUGUAAAAUGUAGGAAGCAUGCCUAAAGACUUGGAAUGACCAAUAGGCUGAUAAGUUUUUAAUUACUUUUUUAAAAAAUGAUUGAAUUUUUUUUUUGUUUUUUUUUGGUAGAAUGUGUUCCUUCUUUGACUUUUUGUCCCCAUUCUCACAACACUUAAAGAGGAAGAGAAAACAUUUUGGUUCAGUAAUUUUCAAUAUUCUUGGUUUUAAAAGCUACCACUGCUACAGUGCUGAUUGAUUGUAUUUUGGGGAAGUUUGUACUUUCUGAAUUGCAGCAAAAGAAUUUUUAGAUGCUUGCAUGGGAAAUCAAGUUUUAAUUGCAAUACUUUUGUAUUUUGUAAAAACGUAAAAGCUCACAAUGCAGUUAUUGCUGGACAUAAGGAAAUCUCGGUUGCAAGGUUGCUGAAAACAGUGUAUGAGUAUAGAGGCUUUUAGUUUGUAUUCAAAGGAGUUGACGGUUCUUAAAUCGUUUACUAGUUUCAGACACAGCCAACGGAAUUCUUCAUUGUGUUCAUUAGCAGAAGGAAAACAUGAUGUAUAAAUGUACACAGUUUUUGGGGGGUGUGGGGUGGGAAAUACCUUUUCAAAGCAAACAUUUACCAGUGUAAUAAAUCUGUACAUAAUGCUCUUGUAACUAUAAUGUGUAAGAGAUUGUUUUUGUUUAAAGAGAUAGUGUCAUAAAAAGUUGCGCUAAUGCCUCGGCAUGAAAUUACGUAACAGUGAAAGAGGCUGGUUAAGUGGAAUCAAUAUUCACAAGUGUACAGAAAAUUUGUCAUUUUCCUGAUCGGGGAAAAAAAUUAAUGAAAAGUGAAAAAUUGUUCGUAAAUAUAAAUGAUUUAAAAAUUACAUAUCUCAAAUGUUUCUUGGUUACCACAUAUUUUCUAUGCUAGGUGGUAAUGUGCAAAUUGUUUUUGUUAUUCAUUAUGAGUUUUAAGUUCAUUGCAUGAAUGCAAUAUAUUCGUACGUGAUUUGUGCAGAUUUACUGCAAGAAACUGCCAUUUAUUUGCAUUUAGAUUUCUGAAUGAUUUGUUCACAAAAAUACAGACCAGAAUGUAAAUCAUAACAUCUUUUUGUUUAAUUUUUUUGGUUAUGUGUGUGGAAGUGUUGGCUCCAUUCGGUUCAUGCAAAAAUGUUACUUUAAACAUGUUCACUGAUGCAGUGCUUUUCUUAAAAGCUAACUAUAUUGUGAAAUUAGCCUAGAGUAGUCAACAAAUUAAAUAGAAUGGAUUGUUAUCAAUGUCAUAAAAAUGCAUAAAUAUAUUUUUUUUUAUGGUUGCCAUAAAUGAACAACCAGAAGUAGUAUUUAUAGUGUUUCUGACAAAAGAAGUUUGGAUUAAAAAUUAACAUGUUUGAUGGUAAAAUAAUCAAUUUUUGAUCUAAGAAAUCAGUUUAAGUUGCAUUAAUAAUGUUCUCAAAGAUUGAAUUUUAUCUAGACUAUAAAUUAACAGUUAUAUAUGUGUGUUUAUUCUUGAGGAGCAUAGGGCUGAAAGAGUUAUGAGUCACUGUUAUUUACACUGUUAAGAGGUGAAAGAUCAUUUCUGUUUAAAGAUUAAAAGUACAUGCAACAAAUUAGAUCAGUGUAAAUGUAUUAAACUUCAACAAAAUAGGU